AUGAAGGUUUCCAAUAGUUCCCUGGCACUUUGCCUCCUUGCAACAGCAGGCUGCUCUGCCUCAGCAAAUCCGGAAUACGACUACGUUGUCAUCGGAUCAGGCGCCGGUGGAGGACCACUGGCGGCGAACUUGGCAAGGCAUGGAUACUCGGUGCUUCUUCUUGAAGCUGGAGGUGACCAUGUCGACAGUCCACUGACGACGAUUCCAGUCAUGGCAAACACUGCAGCCGAGGACCCAGAUAUAUCGUGGCAGUUCUUUGUCAACCACUACUCUGAUCUUGACGAGGCUCAGAAAGACUCAAAGUUUACAUGGCAAUUGACUAAUGGUUCAUACUACGUGGGGUCCAACCCGCCUCCAGAUGCCAAAGCACGCGGAAUGUUGUACCCCAGAGGUGCUACGGUUGGUGGGAGCGCAAUGGUUAAUGCCGCUGGGCUGGCGCUUCCCCCAGAUAACGACUGGGACCACAUCGCGAAUCUCACGGGAGACAACUCGUGGAAAGCGGAGAACAUGAGACAGUACUUUGAACGUCUGGAGAGCAACCAUUUUCUCUCUAAAGACACGCCGGGUCAUGGUUUUUCUGGUUGGCUUGGUUCGAAUCGGAACAAUCUUUCCAUCGUUCGGCCCGACGACGGUUUUUUCGAGGUGGUUGGCACGGCAAUGACUGCACUUGGGGACUCGCAGAACCCCAGCAAGGAUGAAGUGUUGAAGCUGUUGCAUCGCGAUGGCAACAGUCUUGAUAGGAACCGCUUUGAAAAGAACCACAUUACGGAACACACCCUGCAUCAUGACCAGAAGCAUCGUCGCUCGAGCCCUGGAACUUACGUCAAAAGCACAAUCGACGAGACCUAUUCCAACGGCACGCAGAAAUAUCCAUUAACCGUCAGCAUAAACUCGCUUGCCACCAGGCUGUUGUUUGACAAUUCUACAGCCGUAAAAUCCGUUGUUGGCGUCGAGUAUCUCAAUGGGGCUGCUCUCUACAGAGCUGACCCUCGAUCCAACGAAGCCGAUAGCGGGAGUUCCAUGGUCGCGGUGGCAAAGAGAGAAGUUAUUGUAGCAGGCGGUGCUUUCAAUACUCCGCAGAUCCUCAAGCUGAGCGGCAUCGGUCCCCAGGCAGAACUAGAGGAAUUUGGCAUCCCAGUCCAAGUUCCUCUGCCGGCCGUGGGUACAAACCUGCAAGACAACUACGAAAUUGGCGUCGAGGGACUGGCAUCCAAGGACUUUUUCAACACCUUUGAGAACUGCACUACCGCCUUUGUGCCUGGGGAUCCUUGCUUCGACGAGUUCAUGGAGACCGGCACCGGGCCGUACACACAGGGCCCGAUGCUGAGCCUGCUGAUGCGCUCCAGUCAGAGCGAGAAUGCUGAUGCUGAUCUUUGGUUCUUUGGUGGCGCCAAUGGUGUGUUCCGCGGGUUCUGGCCCGGCUGGUCGAAUGCGACAGCCCCUCCAGGCAGCUUUUGGUGGUCCAUUGUCAAGAUGCAGAUGCAGAACCGAGCAGGCACAGUGACCUUGCGGUCAGCCGAUCCCCGUGAUGUGCCUGAAAUCAAUUUCAAUUAUUUCCCCGAGGGGCGUGACUCCGACCUGGCCGCGUUGGUUGAAGGAAUGGAGCUUGCUCUCGAUAUAUUCGACAAGGUCGACGCGCCGUGGGCUCCGUUCAAUAUUACGAGACCCAUCCAGUCGUUGGAAGAAGAAGCAAGGUACGAGUCCUGGGGGCAUCAUGCAUCGUGUAGCUGCCCCAUGGGUGUCGAUCAGGACACCAGCUGUGUGGAUUCGCGUUUCAGGGUUCACGGUGUUGAAAAUCUCAGGAUCGUCGACGGCUCAGUCUUCCCACGUGUUCCAGGAGGGUUCCCGGUUGCGGCCACCUUUAUGAUAAGCGAGAAAGCUACAGAUGUUAUACUGGAAGAUGCCAGGACGUAG